AUGGCUACCAUCCAGAUCUACGGGUCGAAAGGCUCUACCGCCGCAGACUUGUCUGCCAACUUGAAGCUUUCCAUCGCUGCCAGCAUCUUCACCAAAACCCAGGUCGAGCUCAACCCAGACGAAGCGUUGGGGUUGAAAGACAAGAAGUCUGGAUUCGAGCUCGUGGAGCCAAACGCCAUUGUCAGGUACUUGGCAGGCGACUUCGCCGCCUCUGCUGCCUGGAAGACUGAGGAGUCUGCGUUGUACCGUGCCGUCAAGUCCAACGCCCAAGCAGACAUCAAGCGCUUGGGUGAAGAAAUCGUGGCCCAGUCGUCGUUCGACGCUUCCAAGCCUACUGCCGAGCAAAUCGCCGUGUUCUCAUCCGUCUACCCAGCGCUUGCCAGCGAGUCAGGCUCGUCGCCAUUGCUCGAGUGGAUUGCCGCCUUCUCCAAGUCCGACAAGGUCGCAGCAGGUAUCAAGCACGCCCACUCCAUCACUAAGGUCGAGAGACAAAAGGCCACCAACACAGGUGAGCAGAACUACAGAAAGGACUUCCUCGUCAAAUCCCAGGACGAAAGCAUCUUGCCAAAGGAAAACGAAAGAAACAUCUUGAUCACCUCUGCGUUGCCAUACGUGAAUAACGUCCCCCAUUUGGGUAACAUCAUCGGAUCUGUGUUGUCUGCCGAUAUCUACUCUAGAUACGCUAAGAACAGAAACUACAACGCUGUGUACAUCUGUGGUACCGACGAAUACGGUACUGCCACUGAAACCAAGGCUCUUGAAGAAAAGGUCACCCCUCAACAAUUGUGUGACAAGUACCACAAGUUGCACAAGGAGGUCUACGACUGGUUUGACAUUGGCUUCGACCACUUCGGUAGAACCACCACUGCCUUGCAGACGGAAAUCNCCCAAGAUAUCUUCACCAAGCUCUACAACAACGGCUACUUAGAAGAAAGAACCACCGAGCAGUUGUACUGUGAAACCCACAAGUCCUUCUUGGCUGACAGAUUCGUGGAAGGUGAAUGUCCAAAGUGUGGCUACGAUGAUGCCAGAGGAGACCAAUGUGACAAGUGUGGUAGCUUGUUAGACCCAUUGGAAUUGAUCAACCCUCGUUGUAAGGUUGACCAAGCCAGUCCUGUUGUCAGAGAAUCUACCCAUAUCUACCUCAAAUUGAACGAAUUGGAAGGUGAAGUCAAGCAAUGGUUUGAGGAGGCAUCUGCCAAGGGAGAAUGGUCCAAGAACGCUAAGACCAUUACCAACUCUUGGUUGAAGCAAGGUUUGGAACCAAGAUGUAUCACCAGAGACUUGAUUUGGGGAACUCCAGUACCAUUGAAGGGUUACGAAGACAAGGUUUUGUAUGUGUGGUUUGAUGCUACCAUUGGCUAUAUCUCCAUCACUGCCAACUACUUCAAGGAAGCCUACGAAGGUGGCUCUAAGGUUGCUACCAAGGAUGACUGGCUCAAGUGGUGGAAGAACCCAGAAAACGUCGACUUGUACCAAUUCAUGGGUAAGGACAACGUCCCAUUCCACACUGUUGUUUUCCCAGCUUCUGAAAUUGGUACCAAAGACAACUACACCAAGUUGCACCACUUGAGCACCACUGAGUACUUACAAUACGAAGGUGGUAAGUUCUCUAAGUCCAGAGGUGUUGGUGUGUUCGGUAACAACGCUAAGGAAACUGGUGUGUCUCCAUCCGUGUGGAGAUACUACCUUUCGUCCAUUAGACCUGAAUCGUCUGACUCCCAUUUCUCUUGGGAUGAGUUCGUUGCUAAGAACAACUCUGAAUUGUUGGCCAACUUGGGUAACUUUGUCAACAGAUUGGUGAAGUUUACUAUUGCCAAGUACAAUGGUGUGAUUCCACAGUACGAUACCAAACACAUUCCAAACUACGCUCAAUUUGAAAAGGAUGUCAAUGAAUUGUUGAAGUCCUACAUCAACACUAUGGAGGCUGUCAGCUUGAGAAAGGGUUUGGAAAUCGCCAUGGCUGUCAGUUCGCGUGGUAACCAAUUCUUGCAAGAUAACAAGUUGGACAACAGUUUGUAUGACAACACUCCUGAGAAGUCCGACGCGGUUGUUGGUGUUGGUUUGAACUUGAUUUACUUGGUCAGUGCGCUCAUCUGUCCAUUCAUGCCAGAGACCAGACAACAGAUCUCGCAAAUCUUGAAUGCUCCAGACUUGUCCAUUACCAACCAAUUUGAGUUGGUCUUGGAAGGAGGCCACAACAUCGGCAAGGCCCAAUACUUGUUCAAGAGAAUUGACGAGAAGAAGAUUGACGAAUGGAGAAAGUUAUACGGGGGACAAUAG